GAUCACCAUUAACCGUCCGGCCAACGGUGCGGGCGCAGCGUUUCGGGGCGCGCGCGCUGCCGCCGUCUUUCCCGUUAGAGGACGGUGUCGGGCUGUGUGAGGCCGGAGGCGGCCGUUUGUCGGGUGUUGCCCUCCCUCCCUCCCUCGCUGCUCGGUCGGUGACAGUUGGAGCUGAGCUUCUGGCUGAUGCCGUUUCUCUCCCUCCCCUCCCCCGUCCUUUUAUCUGUAUGUCUUUUCUCUCUCUGUCUGUCUCUGUCUGUCUGUGGUACGUUGCGGGUUGAGAUGUUUCUGAAGGCGAGGUGUUUGCGGUGGAGUUAAGAUACGUGUUUAACCUAUGGAUAAAGUUGGAAAGAUGUGGAGCAAUUUAAAAUACAGAUGUCAGAACCUUUUUGUUAAUGAAGUUGGAAGCAGAAAUGAAAAUGACUUAAACUGUCAGAAAUGUUCGGUUAGUAAAAAUGUAAGUGUACAAGCUGGUGAUUUGCCUCAGCAUGGCUUAAGUCCAUUAAACAGAAAUAGAACUAUACCACUGGUUGCAGACACAUGUCUAAAAACAGAUAAAUGGAAUAGAAAUUGUGUUUCUGACAUCCCAGAUAUUGUUGAAACCGACUUAGAUAAAGAGAAUGAAAACUUGGCCACACCUCCAGAUUCUCAUCUUGUUCGAAGAGACUCUUACUCCCGACAUGCUCCAUGGGGUGGAAAGAAGAAGCAUUCUUGCUCUACAAAAAUGCAAAUGUCCUUUGAUGUAGAUAAACGCUUUAGUCGGACAAGGUAUGGAUUACAGAGACGUGAAAGACGCUAUGGUGUAAGUUCUAUACAUGACAUGGAGAAUUUGUCUAAUCGGAGUAUGACACGGCAAUCUAUACGCCAGCGAUUGCAAGAAACUGUAGGACUGUGUUUUCCACUACGAGCCCGCAAUAAACAGUCUAAGAGCUUAUUUUCCAGCCGGAGAAAAAUAUUGCUCUCUGAACUCAUGCUUGAAAGAUGUCCUUUUCCAGCUGGAUCAGACCUAGCACAAAAAUGGCAUCUUAUUAAGCAGCACACUGCUCCUGUAAGCUCGCAGUCAGCCUGUUGGCUUGAGACUUUUGAUCCAACUUUUGCUUCUGCAGAAGAUGAAGAAGAUAGACUUCGUGAAAGACGAAGACUCAGCAUCGAAGAAGGAGUUGAUCCUCCUCCCAAUGCUCUUAUACAUACCUUUGAAUCAACUGCACAAAUUAAUCAAACAUACAAGCUGGGACCAAAGUUAGCACCUGGGAUGAGUGAACUUUCUGGUGACGGUCGUGCAAUAACAAACGGAGAUUGGGACUCUGAAGAAGACACCACAACUCUCUGUCUCCAGGCACGCAAACAGAAAUCACGGCAAGUGGCAGCAGAAAACAUUAGUCAUUCUACCAAACCUGGGCCCUGGAAAGUACACACGCAAAUUGAUUACAUUCAUUGUCUGGUACCAGACCUACUACAAAUUACAAGUAACUCUUGUUACUGGGGAGUGAUGGACCGUUAUGAAGCGGAGGCUCUCCUUGAUGGCAAGCCUGAAGGUACUUUUUUACUCAGGGACUCCGCACAAGAGGACUACCUUUUUUCUGUGAGCUUCCGCCGUUAUAAUCGCUCUUUGCAUGCAAGGAUUGAGCAAUGGAAUCACAAUUUUAGUUUUGAUGCCCAUGACCCCUGUGUUUUUCACUCUUCUACAGUAACUGGCCUUCUGGAACACUAUAAAGAUCCCAGUUCAUGCAUGUUUUUUGAACCUUUGCUUACUGUUCCACUAACCAGGACUCUUCCUUUUAGUCUGCAGUACAUCUGCCGUGCAGCUAUCUGCAACUGUACAACAUAUGAUGGGAUAGAUAUACUUCCACUUCCUCCACCUCUGCAAGAGUAUCUGAAAGAGUACCAUUACAAGCAAAAAGUAAGGGUGCGAUGGUUAGAAUGAGAACCAUUAAAGGUCAUAUGAGAAGUGCACCCAAUGAUUCUUGGCUCUUUUUGAGUUGCCAAAAAUUCUUAUUCAUUGGGUAUGUAGUUGAACGUUAUUUGUAAGGAUUCUUUCUGAAUUAUUUGGGCUUGAAUUGACUUAGUUUGUGGUUACUCUUUCAGGUACUUGAGCACUUUGUGGUAUCUGAGAUUUUUAGUGGAUACCGCUGUUCUACCUACAAAUUAAUGUGCAUGUAUUUAUUAUGUUGGCCUCUAGGAAUUUACUAGCUUUUAUAGUGGUCUAUGUGCAGGAUAUGGUCAAAUCAAAAUCAUUUGAUUAGGGCAACUGUGGAGCUCUGUAAAAUUGAUGCUGAAACGACAUGUAAUAUGCACAUUUAUUAUAGGUUCUUGGAAAUCAUGAUGGAAUUCAAAUCAAUUUAAUGAGGUCAUCCUUUGAGAUCAAACACCUCUAGUGUUGAAUUGACAUUCUGGUAAUUAAUCUGGAUGAUUUUAAUCAAAUUAGAAAGAUCUAAUUUUUGUUUGUCUACAAAGAUUUUCCUUUUCUUUAAUACACUCUUUUUGGAGUGGUUUCAGGAUAUUAGUUGUGUACUUAAUGAUGCAGCUCGAGUGCAUAACUGGGUGUUUAUAGUACUGCACUGUCAUUGAGAGUGGAUGUUAAAUUGAGGAACCGUCUGCUCCUGCCUGUGGAUGAAAAAGAUCCCUUAACACUAUUUUGUAAAGUCUUAUCCCAGUCUCAUAGCUAAUAUUUGUCAGUUACAUAGUGCCAGUUUUAAAACCUGUUACUGUUUGUGGGAGCUUGUUGCACGCAAAUUGGCUGCCACAUUUCUUACAGAAUCACAGUAACCACCAUUCAAAAGAACUUUGUUUGCUGUAAAGCACUUUUGGGAUGACCUGAGGUUGUGAAAGCCACUACUUUAGGAUCAUCCUGACCUUUUUGAGAUUGUCAUCUUGAAAUAGUUUCCAUGCAUUUUCUUUUUGAGAAUGGGCAUCUUUUAUUUUGUAUUUUAGUAGCAGUUGUCCUAAUGGAUAUCAGAAAAGCUGGCCCUUGCAAUUUUUUGUACCAAAUCCCAAAUUAAAAUUAGCUGACAUGAGUGACCUUAGGACGGAUGCCCUGUUGUAAGAUCUGCCUGAACAGUUUAGGAGAACCUUUUAAUAACUGAAACGGCAGGGAAGAAAGAUCUCUAAAUUGACUUUAGAAAUUCAAAAAUCAAGUCAUUCAUGUAUUUAAAUCUAAUGGUGUGCAAGCGAGAAUCCAGGCUGUAAAUUGUGCAGUUGAAGUAUAACAGUUUACUUUGGCAGUUAAAGGUGGGCAUUGGACCAGAAUGUAAAUUUAAAGUGUGAAGAACAUUUUAAAACUGAUUAGAGGAAAAAAAACCUGCAAUCUCCACAAGUUCUAUUUGAAAUAAUUGGCAGAUAACAGGAUGCACGUAUGAACACCUAGGGACUUGUAAAACUGCAGCAGGGUCUCAUGUUAAGGUAGAGGAGGAUGAGCUCUGAGCAGAUUUUGCUUUCUGUUUUUGUUUAUAAUUUAGGAGAUUGGACAUCCUUGCAGUUUGAUCUGCAGUUACUACCACCCUAUUCUGGAAGUACUUUUUGCUGUGAAAUAGACAUCAGCAAUUUCUUUCACUACUAUACAACUAAAACAUCACAGAACACCAGGACAAUGAACCACCUGCCCCUUUCUGCAAAUUAUUUUCCUUGUUAGUAUUGUUGGUUUGAAUAUGGUGCCACUUCCAAAUAUGAUGGGAAGGAGUAAGGUCACUCUGUCUUACAGUUAAUGAAUGUUUCUGUUGACUUUUUGUUUAGGAUGUUUGCAUUUUG